CACGGGGUGCACGGGGCGCGGCGGCCGGAGCCCGGGGCCCGCCAUGGGCCGCCCCGAGCGGGGCGCGCUCCGGCCGCUGGUGCUGCUGUUGCUGCUGCUGCGGCUCCAGCAUCCUGCGGCGGCGGCAGAUUCACUGCUUGGCGGCCAAGGGCCGGUCAAGGAAUGCGAAGAGGACCAGUUCCGGUGCCGGAACGAACGCUGCAUCCCCUCUGUAUGGAGAUGCGACGAGGAUGAUGACUGCUCCGACAACAGCGACGAGGACGACUGCCCCAAGAAGACCUGUAUGGACAGCGACUUCACCUGUGACAAUGGCCACUGCAUCCCGGAGCGGUGGAAGUGUGAUGGCGAGGAGGAGUGUGCUGACGGCUCUGAUGAGUUCGAGGCCACUUGCACCAAGCAAGUGUGUCCUGCAGAGAAGCUGAGCUGUGGACCCACCAGCCACAAGUGUGUGCCCACCUCGUGGCGCUGCGACGGGGAGAAGGACUGCGAGAGUGGAGCAGAUGAGGCUGGCUGUGCCACCUUGUGCGCCCCGCACGAGUUCCAGUGCAGCAACCGCUCUUGCCUGGCCGCCGUGUUCGUGUGCGACGGCGACGACGACUGCGGCGACGGCAGCGACGAGCGCGGUUGUGCCGACCCGGCCUGCGGGCCCCGCGAGUUCCGCUGCGGCGGCGACAGCGGCGCCUGCAUCCCCGAGCGCUGGGUCUGCGACCGCCAGUUCGACUGUGAGGACCGCUCAGACGAGGCGGCCGAGCUGUGCGGCCGCGCGGUCCUGGGGGCCACGUCCGCGCCCGCCGCCUGCGCCGCCACCGCCCAGUUCGCCUGCCGCAGCGGCGAGUGCGUGCACCUGGGCUGGCGCUGCGACGGUGACCAUGACUGCAAGGACAAGUCGGACGAGGCCGACUGCCCGCUGGGGACCUGCCCUGGAGACGAGUUCCAGUGUGGGGAUGGGACCUGUGUCCCUGCCAUCAAGCGCUGCAACCAGGAGCAGGACUGUCCAGACGGGAGCGAUGAAGCUGGCUGCCUCCAGGAGUCCACAUGUGAGGGUCCCCGCAGAUUUCAGUGUAAGAGUGGAGAGUGCGUGGACGGCGGGAAAGUGUGUGAUACCCAGAGGGACUGCCGGGAUUGGUCGGAUGAGCCUCUGAAAGAGUGUGUUCUGCCAACGCCUCGGGGAAACAGGAGGAGGCCCAGGGGGCUGAACGAGUGUCUGCACAACAACGGCGGCUGCUCCCACAUCUGCACUGACCUCAGGAUUGGCUUUGAGUGCACCUGCCCAGCGGGCUACCGGCUCCUGGACCAGAAGACCUGCGGCGACAUUGAUGAAUGCGAGGACCCGGACGCCUGCAGCCAGAUCUGUGUCAAUUACAAGGGCUACUUUAAGUGCGAGUGCCACCCUGGCUACGAGAUGGACACACUGACCAAGAACUGCAAGGCUGUCGCUGGCAGAAGCCCGUCUCUGAUCUUCACCAACCGGCAUGAAGUGCGGAGGAUAGACCUGGUGAAGCGGGACUACUCACGCCUCAUCCCCAUGCUCAAGAACGUUGUGGCGCUGGACGUCGAAGUGGCCACCAAUCGCAUCUACUGGUGUGACCUGUCUUACCGCAAGAUCUACGGAGCCUACAUGGACAAAGCCAGUGACCCAGCAGAGCAGGAGGUCCUUAUCGACGAGCAGCUGCACUCCCCGGAGGGCUUGGCGGUGGACUGGGUCCACAAGCACAUCUACUGGACCGACUCGGGCAACAAGACUAUCUCAGUGGCCACGGUUGAUGGCCGCCGCCGAUGCACUCUUUUCAGCCAUGACCUCAGUGAACCCCGGGCCAUCGCCGUCGACCCCCUGCGAGGGUUCAUGUAUUGGUCUGAUUGGGGGUACCAGGCCAAGAUUGAGAAGUCUGGACUCAACGGUGUGGACCGGCAAACACUGGUGUCAGACAAUAUUGAGUGGCCCAAUGGAAUCACCCUGGAUUUGCUGAACCAGCGCUUGUACUGGGUAGACUCCAAGCUGCACCAGCUGUCCAGCAUCGACUUCAGUGGAGGCAACAGAAAGAUGCUGAUUUCCUCCCCGGACUUUCUGAGCCACCCUUUUGGAAUAGCUGUGUUUGAGGACAAAGUGUUCUGGACAGACUUGGAGAAUGAGGCCAUUUUCAGUGCAAAUCGGCUCAAUGGCCUGGAUAUCUCCGUCCUAGCUGAGAACCUCAAUAACCCACAUGACAUUGUCAUCUUCCAUGAGCUGAAGCAGCCAAGAGCUACAGACGCGUGUGAGCUGAGUGCCCAGCCCAAUGGAGGCUGUGAGUACCUGUGCCUUCCUGCUCCUCAGAUUUCCAGCCACUCUCCCAAGUACACCUGUGCCUGUCCUGACACAAUGUGGCUGGGCCCAGACAUGAAGAGGUGUUACCGAGCACCUCAAUCUACCUCAACUACGACGUCAACCUCUACUACAACGAGGACAGCCGAUACCACAAGAGCCCUGGGGACCACCAUCCACAGCCCCACCUACCAGAACCACAGCACAGAGAAACCAAGCCUGGCAGCUGCGGUCCCAAGCUCAGUUAAUGUCCCCAGGGCUUCUUCCAGCAUCAGCCCAUCUACCCCAAGCCCUGCAACCAGCAACCACUCCCAGCAUUAUGGGAAUGAAGGUGGCAAGAUGGGCUCAACUGUCACUGCUGCUGUCAUUGGGAUUGUCGUGCCCAUGGCCGUAAUAGCUCUUCUGUGCAUGAGUGGCUACCUGAUCUGGAGAAACUGGAAGCGGAAGAACACCAAAAGCAUGAAUUUUGACAACCCAGUGUACAGGAAAACAACGGAAGAGGAGGACGAAGAUGAACUCCACAUAGGGAGGACUGCUCAGAUUGGCCAUGUCUAUCCUGCAGCAAUCAGCAGCUUUGAUCGCCCACUGUGGGCAGAGCCCUGUCUUGGGGAGACCAGAGAACUGGAAGACCCAACCCCUGCCCUCAAGGAGCUUUUUGUCUUGCCGGGGGAACCAAGGUCACAGCUGCACCAACUCCCGAAGAACCCUCUUUCCGAGCUGCCUGUCGUCAAGUGCAAGCGAGUGGCAUUAAGCCUUGAAGAUGAUGGACUGCCCUGAGGAUGGGACCACUCCCUUCGUGCCUCAUGGAAUUGGGUUCCAUGCACUACACUCUCUGGAUGGUGUGUGCUUGGAUGGAAGGGUUUCUGUUUAUGGGUCUGUGUGAGUGAAUGCGCACACGUGUGUGUAUGUGUGAUUUUUUUUUUUUUAAUUUAUGUUGCGGAAAGGUAACCACAAAGUUAUGAUGAACUGCAAACAUCCAAAGGAUGUGAGAGCUUUUAUAUGUAUAAUGUUUUAUACACUUUUUAACUGGUUGCACUACCCAUGAGGAAUUCAUGGAAUGGCUACUGCUGAGUGACUAACAUGAUGUACAUAACCAAAUGGGGCCGAUGGUACAGUAGCUUACUCAUCAUUUUAAAACUAUAUUUACAGAGAUUAUUUGGUUUUGGGGGGAUUUUUUAGGUUUUGGAGUUUUGAGGGUUUUUUUGUAAAUAAAAUCAUUAUGCUUUGUGGCUAUCCAUCAACAUAAAAAAAAAGAAAAAAACCACUUCGACUCCCUCCCCCAUUUAGAUUAUUUAUUAACAUAUUUCAAAAAUAAGAUUAGUUCUAUAAAUAAUUUAGAGACAUGAGAGUAUUUAUUUUUGGUAUGAUUGGCCCACCACAUGGACUCUGUAUACGUUUAUGUCUGCAUGAGUGUGAGAGAAAAAUCUAGAGAAGAGGCGCACCUAUGGCUGUUCGAAUAUAUAAAGAUAAAUAUAUUUUAAAAUAAUCCACAAGAGGGGUAUCAGUUGUUUUCAGAGAAGCUUUUGGAAAUUUGGCUCAGAAAGCAGAUACCAUGGUUUGUGCAAACAUGUAUUAGAAGAGAAUCUUCUCCACCUGUGGCUAUUCCUGGGACCCCAGUCAGUCAGGAAAAGCCUUUCAGCUCACCCAUGGCUGCUUUGACUCCUACCUGGGCUCUCUGUUCUGUGGCUAAGGCCAGUGUACAGACUGCACAGUGCCAGAAGUUCUCGAGUGCUCAGGUGAGAACAUACCUGAACCUUAGCUACUCCUCGUUUUAAAGUUCAGCAUUUCGAGUAACUUCAUUUUCCUUCAGGACACUUGUGUUGAAUUCAUUAAGGUUGCUCUGAAGGACCCUUGAGGGUGCCUUCCUUACUUAUGGAGAGCUAAGUGGAGAUGUUUCCAGAACAGCCCAAGUUUACUGUAGGGACUGGCUGAGGAUAAGGACAGUGGAACCGGUUUUGUUACAUCUCCAUUUCUCCCUUCCCCUUACUCUCUACCAUUUUGUUUAGGUGGGGGAAAGUAAGACAGAGGUUUGUUACCAUAAUGUUCAUACAGAUGAAACUAAUUUUUGGAUUAAAUCAGAAUAAGUGGCCAAACCUAAAGUCCUAGUUGAGGGAGAAAUGGCAUACGCAAUAUCAUAGUACAUUGGAUAUAUAUGUCCACACAGGGAUUUGGUUACUGCUUUGUAAAUAAAAGAAAAACUCUAGGUAUAUGUAUAGAUUAUUUUUUUUUUUUCACUGUGGACACUUUCUUUGCUUUCCCUGGGCCUUGAGGGAGGUGGGGAGAAGUGCUCUUUUCUCUUUGUGGGGUCUACCAUUGAAAACAUAAUCCUACAAUCCCAGAAGGAAUUCAGUCCCUGCUGACUCUCAUCCGAGGUGUGGUCUUUUCUUAAUUCUGCUGUUCUGCUCCUUCACUCCCACUGGACAACCAGGGACAAAGUGUGACACGUAAGUGUUUGGCUUAAGUAGGAGGAGAGGACAUGUAUCUAACCUUAACAUAUCUGGAACUUGACACAUUUAAGCAAAUUCUUCCCACCUAUGCCCCAGCUGCCCACAACUCAAUGAAGCUUGGAUGUCUCACCAGCUUGCUACUCUUUGAAUUUCCAGGAAGACAUUCUGGAGAUCUAUCACCGAGUUCCUAGGACCUUUCUCUACAUCAUUCACGGUCUCCUAACUUUUGAGAAAACUGUGUUCUGGAGCCUGGGCACUGUACUUUGCAUAAACAAGCAAUUUCCUCAUGAUAUGUAUGUCCUGAAACAUUCACUGAGAGAGUAAAUGCAAUUGACUAGAAUGACCAUUACCAAAUAGAAUUUUAAAACUGGGUGGCCAACUCCUAUGGAGCUUAAUCACUUACUAUUAUUCUUUCAAGAUUGGAAAGUAAAAUUAUUUUUUGACUGAAGGAAAACUGAUGAAAGUGAAAAAUCAUUGAAAUUUACCUAAAACAAGCAACAUUUUCUAUAACCUGCCUCCAAAGACAUAGAAUUUCCUGGGGAAAUGAUAACAGUGACUAAUGCAUACCAUCUAAACUUUCUGUCAAAUCCUGGCCUUCACAGAAGAAAACAAUAAAGGGGGUAAGGAUGAUUCAGCCUGAGAUUCCAAAAUGAUGAUGAACCGCAACUUCUCAGAGACACCCAUGAUUUCUGAAUAAGCUACAACUGCAGUUUGAAAGAGGCAGCUAUGGAAGCAACCUACAAAAAACAAAGUUGUGGAGCACUCACGUGUUGGAUGGCAGUAAAUGAGAUGAAAUCUAAGGAGUCAGAUCCAUCCUCCUUCUAAUCCUGGAGGCAUUUGAGCCUCAUUCUGAGGUUUAGUUGCAUUUCUGUUGCCUUUUGCCCCUGUGCUGUCAUAUAACUACAGUCAUUAACGGGUCACACAGUCAUUGGACUAUAGAGCUGGAAGGAAGCUUAAAAACGAUGCCAGGAGGGCAGGAAAUUUAUCAGACAUAUUUUUUCUCUAUUUAAAAGAAACUGGUCCCUGUCCUUUUCCUCCCUUUCCUUCUCCAGGAGACUACUUUGGGCUGCCUGAUCACUGUACCAAACCUGCUAUCUAUCUUUCCAAUGGAAUUAUGAAGGCCCUGGCAGAAAUGGCCUUUCAGAAACAGAGAAAACUAAAAUUUUAUUUAUUUACUUUAGAUAGCAUGGUUAUUUAUAAAACAGAUGGAGGUAACCUGUAACCUUGGAAUGAGAUCAGAUUUAAAUUUAUGGCAAAAAGUACUAUUGAUCCCUCCAAUUCUCUCUUUGUGAUUGCAGUAUAUUAAUUCACUGAAACCAUUUUCUAGGUACCAACUAAGUGUCAGGCACUACAGAUGUACAGGUCAACCAAACAUUUUCUGUCUUUAUGGAGCACAUAAUAGCAAUAGAGGAAGACAUGUGGAAACAUAAAAAAGAAUAGAUUCUUUUCAGAGUAUUAAGAUACAAAGAGAUCAUUUCUACCCAAGAAGAUGAGGAAUGGGGUCAAGAAAGGCAUCAUAGGAGAAGUGACCUUAAGCUAAGUCUUAAAAAUUAAGUAGGGGUGUCCAAGUUGCUUCAGGCAGAGGAGACACAGAGGCAUGGAACAGCAUGGGGACUUUAAGGAAGUGCAUGUAAUUCAUUAGAAGGAACAAAAAGCUCAAGGGAGACUUAGCAAGAAAUGAGGCUCAAUGAAAAGACAGGUUCAAUUAAGCACUUUAUAGAAUACUUCUAUUUAAUUUCUGAUUCAAUUAAGCAAACAUUUCUUGGUCAUUUAUUGUGUACGAGGCACUGAGUGCAUCAUGAAAACUUCAUCAGGAUGUGUUGCCAGCCCUUUGCAGGCUUGGCAUUCUUCAGCCUCAAGCUUUCCAGUGGCCAAAGGGAAAUCGUGACUGCUUUUCAUAUAUUUGAGUUGAAGUUUUUUGAUAUGGUCAAUGACAACUAAUAUAAGGGCCGUGGAAUUUUCACAGAAGCACUCCACGUUGUCAGGAGCCUCAGAUUUUCUCAACAGUGAGAAAGAAAACUGGAAAUGUUGAAGACAUGAGUCUACAGAGGUAACCCCAGCACUGUCCAGUCAGGCGUUGGUGGGAAUGGGGAGAGGGCACAGGAAGGUGAGCCUCCCCACCUCACUCCCUAACUUUAGCCACACACUCGUCAUUUCACAGAAUAUAAAUGGUUAGCAGUUAAAACAUUUCAGAGUAAAUUAUUUACUUUCCCAUCAAUGCAUGAAGAUAGAGGAUUGCAGUUUUCUCACACUGUAUUUUUAGGGUAUUGGGGAUAUUCAGGAUAUGGAGAACUUAGAGGUAGAAGAAUUACAGCUUCAAAUUUUCAGUUAAUAAUUCAGGAAGCUCUUUUCAUUCAAGCUAUGCACCAUGUGCAUAUUCAAAAAUCAGCAGAAACCCUCUGUAUUUGCAACACUUUGUGCUAUAAAAAGUAAUUUUAAAAAGAACCACCUGUAUAUGUAUAUAUAGAUAUAUUUAAAGACAUGAAGGUUUUGAUACUUUUUUACAAAAAUUACAAGAGAAAACAAAUACCUGUACAAACCAUGUGUUUUAAAAUAGCAUUUUGUUCUAUACAAGCUGUUGUUAAUUUGGGGGUGAAGUACUGGUCUGCAAACUCCAUCACACUGUACCCCAAUGAAUUUUCCUUGUUUGUUCCCCACCCCCUCGCACACACACACCCAAAUUACCAUAUUUGAUGUAACAGGCAAACAGGCAUGUUAGAAUGUUGGAUCACACUAACCAUUUCUGAUCUUUUUGUCUCAUCAUUCCGAGUUCCGUUAGUUUCUGUACUCAGUCCCCUUUGCAGUCUGGUUUCUCUUCCAGAGGCAAAGGGUGGAGUGUUGCAUCUUACUAGCUGUAUUGACGUCAUCUUGGUGAACUAAAAACCAAGUGUGGACAUUUGUAAAAUCAGUGCACUGUUUCUAGA